GUUGCGCUCAAACAAUCAUUUCCUUUACUUUCUGCAAGCGAGUAGUAACAACCGAUCUAGAGAGAGAGAGAGAGAGAGUCAUGGCUAAGCCUCACGUCACCAUGGAGGUUGGAAACGACGGCGUUGCUGUGGUGACUCUUAUCAAUCCUCCUGUCAACGCCUUAGCUAUUCCAAUCAUUGCGGGAUUGAAAGAGAAGUUUGAUGAAGCCACCCGGAGAAAUGACGUCAAGGCUCUAGUUCUUACUGGCAAGGGUGGCAGGUUUUCCGGUGGAUUUGACAUCAAUGUUUUCCAGAAAGUUCACGCGACAGGAGAUAUUUCAUUGGUGCCUGAUGUAUCUGUUGAGCUUGUGGUCAACACUAUUGAAGAUUGUAAAAAGCCUGUUGUUGCUGCCGUGGAAGGACUAGCACUUGGAGGGGGCUUGGAAUUGGCAAUGGGAUGCCAUGCGCGUAUUGCUGCUCCAAAAACUCAACUUGGUUUGCCAGAGCUGACACUUGGAGUGAUUCCUGGAUUUGGAGGUACACAACGUCUUCCAAGGCUUCUGGGGCUGUCCAAGGCCAUUGAAAUUAUGCUGUUAUCCAAAUCAAUCAUGUCUGAAGAGGGGAAGAAGCUAGGUCUAAUUGAUGCUAUUGUGCCUUCUCAAGAACUGCUGAAAGUAUCUCGACAAUGGGCUUUAGACAUCUCAGAGAGGCGCAAACCAUGGCUGCGUUCUCUUCAUAGGACAGAUAAAAUUGGCUCGCUGUCUGAAGCACGUGAGGUACUGAAAGCUGCUAGACAACAAGCGAAGAAAAUUGCCCCAAAUGUGCCGCAGCAUCAAGCAUGUCUUGAUGUAAUGGAGGAAGGCAUCAUUCAUGGAGGAUAUAAUGGUGUUCUAAAGGAGGCAAAAGUCUUCAAGGAGUUAGUUUUGACAGAAACUUCAAAAGGUCUUGUGCAUGCCUUUUUUGCCCAGCGUAUGACGUCUAAGAUACCUAAAGUCACUGAUGUUGGGCUCAAACCACGACAUAUAAAGAAAGUGGCUGUUAUUGGUGGUGGUCUAAUGGGUUCUGGCAUAGCUACUGCUUUAAUUGUGAGCAACAUACAUGUUGUUCUUAAAGAAAUCAACUCUGAAUAUCUUCAGAAGGGAACAAAAACAAUAGAAGCAAAUGUUCGAAGCUUAGUGACAAGAGGAAAGUUGACACGGGAUAAGGCAGAUAAAGCUCUCUCCAUGCUCAAAGGUGCAUUGGACUACUCAGACUUCAAAGAUGUGGAUAUGGUCAUAGAGGCAGUAAUUGAAAGUGUCCCUUUGAAACAAAAAAUUUUCAGUGAGAUUGAAAAAGUCUGUCCACCUCACUGCAUUUUGGCGACAAAUACAUCUACCAUUGACCUCAACUUGGUUGGAGAAAAGACCAGCUCUCAAGAUCGCAUUAUUGGUGCACACUUUUUCAGUCCUGCUCACAUAAUGCCUCUUCUGGAGAUUGUACGGACUGAGAAGACUUCUGCCCAAGCAAUUCUUGAUCUUAUGACUGUUGGUAAAACCAUAAAGAAAGUUCCAGUUGUUGUGGGUAACUGCACCGGCUUUGCAGUCAAUCGAUCAUUCUUCCCAUACACCCAAAGCGCACUGAUUUUGGUUCAUUUAGGAGUGGACGUGUUCAGGAUUGACAAACUGAUCAGCAGUUUUGGCCUCCCAAUGGGUCCUUUCCAGCUUCAGGAUUUAUCUGGAUAUGGAGUUGCCCUUGCAGUUGGGAAAGAAUUUGCUAAUGCAUUCCCUGAUCGUACAUUCCAGUCUCCAUUAAUUGAUCUUCUAGUAAAAAAUGGAAGAAAUGGUAAAACCAAUGGAAAAGGAUACUACAUAUACGAGAAAGGAAGCAAGCCAAGGCCUGAUCCAUCAGUCCUACCAAUUAUUGAGGAGUCGAGACGGCUUGCAAAUAUUAUGCCUGAUGGAAAGCCUAUAAAUAUCACUGACAAAGAGAUAGUGGAGAUGGUUCUCUUUCCAGUGGUGAAUGAGGCAUGCCGUGUUCUGGAUGAGGGUGUUGUGGUUCGAGCUUCAGACCUGGACACCGCAUCUGUUCUCGGAAUGAGCUUCCCGUCUUAUCGUGGUGGCAUCGUCUUUUGGGCUGACCUAGUUGGGCCUAAACAUGUAUAUGAUAGCCUGAAGAAAUGGUCUCAAAGAUUUGGUGAUUUCUACAAACCAUCAAAGUUUUUGGAAGAAAGAGCAACUGGAGGCAUACCACUGAGUGCGCCUGCUUCAUCGUCUUCAGGGUCAAGGUCACGCAUGUAGUCUACAGUUCUAUGUCGAGUGGUUAGCCCAGACUUCAGGCAUAUAAUUUUAUCAAGAGUAAUAAAUUCAAUGCUAUUACCUUCCCCCCACCCCCCCAAGCAGAAAUCCGGAAGGCAAUAGAAUUUCUUUCAAGAAAUUGUUGUUCAAGUUGUCGGUAGUCGUUUUUGAACUCCUCGUGGAUGGAUGGCUAAAUAAAGUGGUUGUAUUUCUAUGGACAAACGACGCGUUGAAUGGUAAAGAUCUUUUGUUCUUGAUUUUCCA